GAUAAAGGUGAAGACAUCCUUCUGCCCAUAAAGAGGAGGCUAAAGGGAGUGCAAGGUGUGCUCUCGGGAACUAACUUGCACCCCCUUUAUGUUGAUCUUUUAUGGGGGGUGUUAAUAUUUACAUCAGAAUAAUAAGAGCUCAGUGGUUCAGCAAUGCAAAGAGCUUUACAUCAUAAAAUGAGCCUAAAGAGAGAAAUAAGGGGAGUGGGGAUCUCGUGUUUUAUGCAAAUUAAAGCAUAAUGAACUGGAGAGAAGGGUUGACUCCACACACACACUCACUCACACACACACACACACACACACAGAGAGAGAGGGAGAGGGAGAGGGAGGAUGUGUGUGCUGACUCUUCUUCCUCAUCGACCAUUGCUCUUUAUCAAUCUCAAUUAAUCCUUUAUAUCGCGUGUUAACGACAUGGAAUAACAGAACAUGGUCGCACGUCAGCAGCUGCCAUUUUAUCUUUUUAAACCGUUAGUAACGAGACCGUUGUCUUCAGGAAGAGGUUCGCUUUUACGUAAGUAGACAAUGACCUUUUCCAUUUCGCGACACUUAUAUUUUUCUGACAGCUGCUCUUCAAAUAGAAGAAAGGGGAAAAAACGUAGUAAUAUUCGUGUUUAGUCGAAUUACCAAUUUUGCGGAUUUAUGCCGUAACGACCGGUGAUUGCUGCGUAAGAAAGCGUGGCAUUUCAGGAUUCUGUCGAUAAAACACUGAUGUAGUCGUCAGCUACGUUUCCAGUCGGGCCACUAUUUCCACCGGACCGAGGUGGUUGUAGUCCGUUCACUGUCCACACCGUGUGAUUCGAGUUCAGAAACCGAGACGACAAAGACUACAAGUUCCAGCGAGAGGAAGAAAAUGGAUGCUGCUUUUAAAUGCUCUUGGAAAUAUCGGAAUUACUUCCAUUAACAUUACGUACAGUGGUAAUUUCGUAAAUGAAGACGUUUCUUCAUAAUACAAAACUAUAUAAUCGAGUAUUUUGCUGCUUGUCUUUUUUAAAUCACUAGCAGGCAGUCCAGUGGAGGAUUAAACAAAUAUUGGCAUUGUAUUUAUUUAGCGAUUCUUAACGAUUACAUUCUAACUGCAACUGUCGUUUUUCCUUCUUCUUCGUCUUUCAUUUUGUCCAAGUUUCAGAAAGUGUUCCAUCUGUGCAGCCUGUUAAAUACGAAUAAUAUAAAACCUACUUCAGGUGAGGCGUUACUCCUCCCGUCAAUCGCACGAAAAGCACUAUUUCACUAUUUUUUCUUAAAAAACCCGAGCUCAUUUGGUGUACGCGAAGGCAGCACAGGUUCCGGGGCGCAUUGACGGUGACGUGUAAUGCUGGGGACUCAGAAAGUGCUGCGGAUUGUUUUGAAUUCGAUUGAAAACAGAUAUUAGAGACUUAAAAACAUCGAUAAUGUUGGCAGAUAAUCAUUUUUGUAGAUGUUUCCGAGCCAAAACAUAAACGAUGUCUCUUCCAGCCCCGGAGAGAACCACCCCAUGUUCCUUCGUCCGCUGAGCUCCUUCAGCUCCUCCUUCCUUCCCCGCGGCCGUCCCGCUCUCUGCAGGACUGGCUUCAGGAGCAGCGGUGCCUCCUCUUCCCACCUCCCCCAUUUCAUCCCCACUCCUCCCCCAUGGUGGUCCAUGCGGGGAUUCCCCCCCCGGCCUCCUCUCCACCCAGCACCCCAUCAGGUCUUCUCUGGUAGGACGUUACACCCUCGGAGCAUCGACCCGGGUCACUUCGGCGGUAGUUGGCGUUCGUUCUCCUCCUCGGCAGGCUUCAUGAUGGAGAGCUCCCACAGAGACAGAGAGCCUCCUCACAAACGGAGGAGGAGCGCUGAAGAAAGGGAUCAUAGAGGAGGAGCAGCAGGGGCGAGUGGAGGCCAGGCCAAGGAUGGAGGCUCCAAGAGGGAGCACCAUCACCUGGAAUCUCCUCGAGCAAACCACCGCUUCAAAGAUGGAAGUCGAGACCGAGGGAAGAGCUGGGAAAACGGCAGAGACGAAGAUGUAGAAAGGACUAAAGCUUGGAAUAAAGACAGAGCGGGUAGAGAUAAAACCCCAAACCGAGGGAGAGGUGAACAUCAGCCAGAAGCGCAUAAAGACUCCAGGACUCAGACCCCAAAGUCCAAACCUGAACGGGAUAAAGUUCCCGAUCAGCGAGCCAACCCCUGGUUCACAGAGAGGGGUGCAGAGCAGCACGGAGGGUGUGAGAGGACUACAAAAGGACCCGAGGGUCAGUUAAGGGACAGAAGUAGUGAUGGAGGACGGUGGGCGGGGCUUCUCUCUCAGCCUCGCAGCACUACGCAUCCCCCAAACCCGUGGCAGGUAGUCGGAGCCAACGGGCAGCUUCCUCCACCUGGAACCUGUCCGACGGUCCGACGACAGGAAGACGAGAAAUCUCUUCAGAGACACUGGGAGGCCUCACCCGCCCGCAGUAACGACACCCGACCACCGGGGGACAGCACGGCGUUUGACUUCUCGGUGAUGUCCUACAACAUCCUGUCUCAGGAGCUGCUGCAGGACAACGUCUACCUGUACCGACACUGCCACCCCGGCGUGCUGCCCUGGGACCACCGGCUGCCCAGCCUGCUGGCUGAGAUCCAGCAGCACAACGCUGAUAUCCUGUGUCUUCAAGAAGUCCAGGAGGACCACUAUGAGAACCAGAUUAAACCUGCUCUCCAGGACCUAGGUUACCAGUGUGAGUACAAGAAGCGAACAGGAAGUAAACCAGACGGUUGUGCCGUCAUCUUCAAAACCUCCCGCCUGUCGCUCCUCUCCUCCAAUCCCGUCGAGUUUUUCCGGCCCGGCGACGCCCUCCUGGACCGGGACAACGUGGGUCUGGUUCUGCUGCUGCGACCCAACGACCCCGAGCGCCGGUCGGACCCCUCGGCCUUCAUCUGCGUGGCCAACACUCACCUCCUGUACAACCCGCGCCGCGGCGACAUCAAGCUGGCCCAGCUGGCGAUCCUGUUGGCCGAGAUCGGCCGGCUGUCCCGCCUCCCGGACGGGUCGGCCAAUCCGGUUGUGCUGUGCGGGGACUUUAACUCCACGCCGCGGAGUCCGCUGUACAGCUUUCUGACGACAGGCAGCCUGGAGUACAGAGGACUGCAGAGCAGCAUGGUGUCGGGUCAGGAGAACAGUCCCAGAGGUCAGCGUGUCCUCACGUCUCCACUCUGGUCUCACAGUUUGGGAAUCAACCAUCAGUGUCAGUACGAGAACAAACCCACGGCUGAGUCGUCCUCCAGCAGCCCGACAGUAGAAGGAGCGAUCUCUAAUCUGACCGUCGAGGAUCUCGCCACCAAAGCUGCAGCUGCUGCUGCUUCUAACAGAGCGAGGAUCGAGCACAGUCUGAAGCUGCGGUCGUCCUACCAGCACCACCUGAAGCCCGAUGGGAGACCUGAGAUCACCACCUUUCACUCUCGCACCGCCAUCACUGUGGAUUACAUCCUGUACACCCCCGAAGUCGUCACACCUCCUUCACUUCCGGGUGGGCGGGGCCUCCAACUGCUGGGCAGGCUGUCAUUGGUUGGCCAGUCGGAGCUGGAGGAGGUCAACGGCCUGCCCAAUCGGUGUCACUCGUCCGAUCACCUCCCUCUCAUCGCCAGCUUCCGCUUCCGGCUCUGAGGCCUGGGGGUCGGUGAGGGGGGGGGGGGGGAGUGGUCUCGCUGGACGGCCAAUCGGAACAGCUCCUGAGGCGCGACGCCUCGACACGAUGCAGCUCAGGGAAGAAAGAAUCCUGAUUACUCUUAAUAAGUAGUUGAGUUAGUGGGUGAAAUGUGUUGUGACGUAUAGAAACGGCACAGCGGUGCUUAAGGACCUGCACUAACUUUUAAUCUGGAGCGUUGUUUCCUUGCUGUAGAGACGCUCACAGUUGUUUCCACUCGUGUAUAUAAAACGUUUAUCAUGCCAGAUGUGAAUCUCUGAAGGAACAGAUUUUAAAUCUAUUUUUUAAAGUGUGACCGUUGUCAUUAAAGUGCAGCUGAUGAAAUAAAACGACUUGAUACGUUUGUGGGCGGGCAAAGCAACUAACAGCCUAAAUACUUUAAAGCCUGUUAUUUCACAGUCCAGACGUCUAAGACGGGGACGAGUGUUUACUUUAGAUCUUCUCUUAAAGCUUCAGACGCAUGAAGAAGAAGUUAUCGGCUGUGUAUGUAAGUUUGAGUUUCAAAGGUCUCAGAGUUGCCACUGCAUCAUUGCCAUGAACAUCUUUUCUUUUGAUAUUAUGUUCUAUAAUUUAUGACUUUGCUUCACAUUUGCAACCUUCUGAGUAAACCUGGAGGUGCUGGACAGUCAAUCGGUCAUAAACAAGAGAGAAAAUAUUUUCAGACUAAAUACAUAAUCAACACAAAAUAAGGACUGGAUGUAUUUUUCUAAUAUUUUGGACAGUUUGUAAAUAAAAGAACUUGUGUUUUUUUCCCGUGGCUGCUGUCGGUUUACUGUUGUCAUCAGUGUCGAUGUCGUUUAGCUGCUUAGAGGAACACAGCUUCCUGUGUGAGUAACAAAAUGUUCAACCACGUAAAGAAAGAUGGCUGCUCCUCUCUGUUUCCCCAUCGGAGGAAUAGCUGCUCAACCCAGCGGUGUUUUGUUCCCAUGCGUUCUUCUGCAGGGAGUCAGCUGGAUAGGAUUGUUUCCUCUCGCAUUCAUGCAUAAUAACACUCUGCUGCUUCUUAUUUCAUUAAAGUCUCUGUAUUUUCUGUUGUUUUCUUAAACAACAUACAGGAUUUAGUCUAAUGUCUCUCAGAAGUGUGUCUUCCAUUUUCCCGUCCCAGGGAAACCGGUCGUGUGUGUGUGUGUGUGUGUGUGUGUGUGUGUGUGUGUGUGUGUGUGUGUGUGUGUG